CAGUCCUUGCUGCAGCCUUAUAGAAAGCACUAGUCAUUAGUUUGGCCUACAUUUCUAUUUGUUGGUGGCCCUUAUGGCUGUGGAGCUACUUGCCCCUGGCGUCAGUCACCUGCUCUUUAGCUUCGGCCAAAGCAUCAUUGGCAGGUAUUGGCAGCAGGACACUAGUCACAGUCUCUAUUACAUGACCAGUAGCCCAGCAGCCAUUGGGGCAGUCACACGGACCAACCAGUCGCUAUUGGCUGCAGCUCUCACGUUCUGGGGCUCAUUUAUUAAUAUAAGUACACCGGUAAAGUAUCCCAUAGCAACCAAUAAGCAGCUGCCUUUGAUUGGUCCAGGGGCCAAGUUAGUCUGAUGGAAACAGCGUCUGGAUUGGUUGUUGCACUUUGCUACCUGUGCUGCUGGUAAAGUGCAUUGCAGGCACAGCGGUACCAGACCGUUACUAGGGCCUGUGCUUUGCCAGAGGAAAGAAUUGGUGACAAGCGUGCAAAUAUACAGAUUGUGCUCCCAAACUCCCCCACGCUUGCGCCUCUCACUUGCUGCUUUAUCAGCUGCUGCUUUUUUUUCCGCCUGAUGGAGAGGGAGCACGGAGUUCCUGAGCGAGCAGCCAAUCCGCGCCACCUCUCUAGAGCUCUGACCAAUAGCGUGCCGCUCUCCUCCGUUCCCGCUGUGUGAGCUGGCCAAUUAUCUGCUUGUUGCUAAGGCGUUGGUGCGGCUUGGUUAGUGCUCGCGCAUCCCUCCCCCACACUCCUUCCCGCCCGCACUUGGACACGUCCGCCGAGCGCCUGAGAGACGGGCGGGUGACUCAGCACAAUCCAACAUGUCUCUGUCAGUUAGAAAUAAAGCCUCCUCCUCCUUCCUGCCGCCCAGAGGUGCGCGGAGAACUGCCGUCCUGAGCAGCCCAACCGCACACACACCUCGGGGCAGCUGAGCACUUGCCACUUUUAUCGGGGAGCUCCGUGAGAAUCCCCCUCUUUUGUUUCCGUGGGCCCUGCUUAUAUUCUGCCGCAGAGUACCCACUGCCCACACCAGGCGCUAAUGCCCCAAACUUGACAGGCAAUUUCCCGCCCGUUUGGAAGCGGAAGCGGCUGAGGAAAGGCGCGCGCACAGGCGGAAGCGGGGGCCGCGCCUUAUCGAGAGCGCGCUCUCUCUCCCUCUGACACAGAUUUGCUUACGUUACUAUAAAUGGUUUGAAGCCGAGGGAGGCGACAUAAGGGAAAGCUGCAGCCCCGGCACAACGCCUCUCCGAGCGGGGGACUCGAGUGCUGUCAGAGCUGUCGGAAGUUUAGCGCUUGUGCCCGCGGUGCGCCUCCCACUCCCCAGCAACACCCCCGCCUCCAGUGGUACGUCCCAGGGUGUGGAGCUUCAGCGCUGGGAGAGCCCGGAGUUUGGAGCCGGGGAGACUGCCGCUGUGCCGUAGCAACAUUCCUCCCUAACGGAUAUCGACAUAGCGGGGCCCCUCCCGAUCCGCCCGACCUGUGCCUGCCUUCCACCUCCGCAAUCCCGGCCCUCUGCAGUCACCGCUGGGCUCUGGAAUUGGGGAGAAGCCCAUGUGACCUUCCAUGACCCGUCUUCCCCCAAACCCUGCUCAUCGCUGGCCUGUGGGCUCCUGGCAACUGUGCGCUACUGGCCUCGUAUUGGCUCUACUCGCAGUGCCUUGUGUCUGUGCCCCUAUCGGCACCAUGUUCCCCCAGAGAUAGGCCGGACAUACAUUCUACACACGGAUUAUACCCACAGCGCCCCUUCCUGCCUGGCAUGGCCCAUCGGGUCAGUGGAUGUAGGGGUGCGCGCUAGGGGCCUGGGAUUUCAUCUCUAUACUCGUGGGUCGGCUAUUUAGAAGAGAUCUCGAUGGUGAUCACAUCCAGCUCUGAAGAGGUUCCCCCUCAGAGAAUGCUGUCAGCUCUGCACACCGAGUGGAUCAAUAAGGAUCCAGUUUGUUACCUGCCCCCUUCUCACUGCAACAAGAAGCCCUCCAGAAGUGGCAGCAGUACAGGAUGCAAGUCGUCCUCCUCCUCCUCCUCUUUCUGUCCGGCUGCCCCUUUUGCCUUUGUCCCCACUGAGGCAAACAUGUCGAGCCAGCACAGCCACGCUCCUUUUUCCAGCCUUCAGUCAAUGGCUGAUCAUCAGCAGGGCCUGCCUGAUAUGACCAUUUUACAGAGGCGGAUUCCAUUAACCUUUAGAGAAUCAGCAGCUGCACCACUAAGGAAGCUUUCGGUGGAUUUAAUAAAGACUUACAAGCACAUAAAUGAGGUGUAUUAUACUAAAAAGAAGCGACGAGCUCAGCAGGUGCCACCUGAAGACUCCAGCACGAAGAAGGAGAGAAAAGUAUUCAAUGAUGGCUUUGAUGAUGACAACUAUGACUAUAUUGUAAAAAAUGGCGAAAAGUGGAUGGACCGGUAUGAAAUAGAUUCCCUCAUUGGAAAAGGAUCCUUUGGACAAGUGGUAAAGGCAUAUGAUCAUCACGAUCAAGAAUGGGUAGCUAUCAAAAUUAUCAAAAAUAAAAAAGCCUUUCUGAACCAGGCUCAGAUCGAGUUGCGGCUUCUUGAGCUAAUGAACAAACAUGAUACGGAAAUGAAGUAUUACAUAGUGCACUUAAAACGGCACUUCAUGUUUCGAAACCAUCUUUGCCUGGUGUUUGAGCUACUGUCGUACAACUUAUAUGAUCUUCUAAGAAACACAAACUUCCGCGGCGUCUCCCUGAACCUCACCCGCAAGUUUGCGCAGCAGCUUUGUACUGCUUUGCUUUUCUUGGCUACUCCUGAACUUAGUAUAAUCCAUUGUGACCUGAAACCUGAAAAUAUCCUUCUGUGUAACCCUAAGCGCAGUGCCAUCAAAAUUGUGGACUUUGGCAGCUCCUGUCAGCUUGGACAACGGAUCUACCAGUAUAUUCAGAGCCGGUUUUAUCGUUCACCUGAAGUCUUGCUGGGGAUGCCAUACGACCUGGCAAUAGACAUGUGGUCCUUAGGCUGUAUUUUGGUGGAAAUGCAUACAGGAGAGCCUCUAUUCAGUGGAUCCAAUGAGGUGGAUCAGAUGAACAAGAUUGUGGAGGUUUUGGGAACUCCCCCUAACCACAUGUUGGAUCAAGCUCCAAAAGCAAGGAAAUACUUUGACAAGCUUCCUGAAGGAACGUGGACUGUAAAGAAAAAUAAAGAUCUCAAAAAGGACUACAAGGUGCCAGGGACUCGCAGACUUCAUGAAGUGUUGGGUGUGGAAACAGGAGGUCCUGGCGGUCGCAGAGGAGGAGAGCAGGGGCACUCUCCUUCAGACUAUCUCAAAUUCAAAGACUUAAUUUUAAGGAUGCUGGAUUAUGACCCCAAGACUAGAAUCACCCCUUUCUAUGCCCUCCAGCACAACUUCUUCAAGAAAACAACAGAUGAAGGGACAAAUACAAGUAAUAGUAACUCUACAAGCCCUGCAAUGGACCAUAGUCACUCAACAAGUACCACCAGUUCUGUGUCUAGCUCAGGAGGAUCUAGUGGCUCUUCGAAUGAUAACCGUAAUUACCGGUACAGCAACAGAUACUACAACAGUGCCGUUGCCCACACAGAUUAUGAGAUGCAGAGUCCACAGACUCAUUCACAGCAGCAGAUAAGACUGUGGGCUGGUGGAGAUGUUCCAAUCACAAACAGUGAUUCCUACCCUCAGAUCUUACCUCACAAACCAACUCCCAGUCAGCCGCAGCAUUUUCAUGGAAACGAACCGCAUCACCCUCACCCGCUGUAUCAUCACGUAAACAGGCCGCACUAUCAUCGGCAGCUCAUCACCUCCUCCUCUCCGCAAAUCCCAGAGUCUAUGGAGCUCAGCUUGGGACACAGACACCCCCAGUCUUCCUCUUCAUUGCACCCACAUCACCCUAGCUUAGACUGCACUCCUUUUGGCUCCGCAAACUUACACUUAGGAGUAUCUGCUUUUCGGACUAGAACAGUCAGUGGGCAUACGGAUUCGGGCGUGCCUCUGAAUUACCCCUACACUAGCAACACAUCCAGCAUGGUUGGACCCCCUCACAUCCGAAACAGGACGGAAACGGAAGAGAGUGCGAUGUUAGGCGUUUGUGUUCCUCAGAGUACGGCAGCAAGUUCUUGAUGAUUCUUUAAUGUACAAAUAAAGCCAUACCAAUAAUAGAAAUACUGAAUUCGAAAAAGGAGGUCUGACAGGCUUUGAAGGGUUGGGGUUGUGGAAAAGGGUGAGCUGGCUUUUAUCACAACCAUCAAAAAAUGUCAAGGUUUAGCUGUUAAUGUGAAUUGUUUAUUUAUUAAAAAAAAAAUCACUACGAGAGGAGUGUGAAGUGUGUGUUGACCAUGCAAAGCAGUUUUAACAGACUUCAACUGGACUGCUCUUUUUUUUUUUUAUUUUACCUUUAAUUUUUUUUUUUUUUUUAAUUGCUUUUGACACACUGGUAGAAGUUAACCUGUGCAAAGACUUCAAGACAUUUCCAAUGCUUCCAUUUCUAUCAUCAGUUCCUCUUCAGAAGAAGCAGGAGAAACCCAGACUUACUUUGCACGUCGGUGAACUCGUUUACAGGCCAAAACAUCACUCUGCAAAACACUGUCUGUGCCAGUUACCCCUCCGCUGCCAUUCUGCCAUUCAUAUAGAAUUCCUGUGUUGUUAUCCCCGAACCCCACUUUAUACCAACCUUGCUAGGGUGCAGAUACUGCACGUCACUGGAAUAACCUUGGCUGCUAACUCCACUCUCUCUCUCUCUCUCUCUCAACUGGAAUUGCUGCUAAAACUCUUUUUAACAGUUUUGCUUUAUAAAAACCUAAAAGGUUCCCAUGUCUUUUAUUUAUGACUUCAUACUCGGUCGGUUUUAGCUGUUUCAGGAAAGAUUUUUAGGAGCCAUUCAUUAUUUUACAGAUUAAUGCUGCAGAAGUUCAGUGUUCCCCUCCCAUCUGUCUCUUAACCCUCCCAAUUCCUUUUUUCCCCGCCCACUGACCCUUUAAAGUGACACUUUUUUAUACACUGAAUUCUGGUUUUAAACACUACAAAAAAAAAAUCCUUUUUAUGACUGCAUUUAUUACCCCUCCUUUUGAAUUUUAAUAAUACCUUGGCCUCUGUUCAGUGUGUGAUGGCACACCUCUUUGCGUUCAUGUAAGACGCUAAAGCCCUUGUUUCAGUAUUAAAACCUGUCCCUUACAGUCCUAGAUGCUGUAACAGUAGCGGUUUUGGGUUUUCAUUUUGCUUUCAAAAUGUACAAAAAACAAAACCUGUCCUUUUCAUAUCUCUGUGGAUAGUAACGUACUGUUUUAUUUUAUUUUGUUUUUUUUAAUUUAUUGUACCAAAGAUGGUAUUGAGGCAUCACUUUAAAAAUAUCAGACAUAUAAAACGAUUGUCUUUUUAAAUGUUUUCCCUUUUUUUCUUUUUUUUUUUUUCUUUUUGUUCUUAUGUGUUUUAAUUGGGCUUCGAAAUACUGAAUCAUGUGUAGUUGCUGUUUGGACUCCAAGGCCGUUCAGAUUCAUGUUUGUUUCAAGUAUUGGUGUUUUGGAGGAUACUAAAAAUAAAGUAAUAGACAGCUACAGAAGAUCAAGAGCUCAGUCUGAUUAUGUUUUGGAAGUGCGAUUUUUAAAGGCAACAUUAAGAACGACUGUACAAUAUUUUCACUGUGCUCAAUUGCUUUGGUGAUUCAAAAAGAUAAUGUCUGUUUAUACAUUUUUAUUUUGCUGUCAAAGGGCAGUAAAUGGGCAAAUUAAUCCAUUUUAUGAGAUGUAACUAUACAAAAAAACAUAUUUUUUUUUUAUUUUCAAAAACACACGUUGACAUUUCCAAAAAAUCUUUGUAUGCCAAACCUCUUUAGGAAUUGUGUGUACUGUCCGGCAUGCUUGUUACCCAUCAAUUUACUAUGCUGUUUUUUCAUUUCUGCUUUUGUAUACCAGAGUUUAUUAAUGUUAUUAAUGCACAUUUAAUCUAGUAAAGAUUUUUUUUUUUUUCUUAAAGCCUCUAAUUUAAAAUGUAUAGUAAUGUGGCAAUUUAUAGGCUUUAAGCUUUUAUUAUUUUUCGGUUUUUCUCUUCUGUUACACCAAAUUCUCCUUCAAAACAUGGGAAAAAAAAGAAAAUUACUUGCAAUGUUUUUUGCGCAGCGUUAACAGGGUAUUUUUGAUUGUAAAAGGAAGUAAAUGAAAAAAAACCAUGCUAAAGACUUUGUUCUUUCACCGUUGUGUAACUGAAACACUUAACCGUACAUUGUCUGUCAUUAUGGAAUUGCAAACUGCAAAUAUGAGUGUAACUUUAACUAUCAUUUUUGCUCCUUUCACUCCCGAUUGUUCUCAUCUACUACGUGACUUUCUCUUUUCAAGUAUAGACCAUCUUUCUACUGCACAAGAGAUCAAUAAAUGAGGCACUGCUUUGGACUUGU